UACUUCUGCAACAGUUUAAAGUAAACAGAAACUCUUAGCAAGUCAAAACACAUCAAAGAGACAAAUUCUCUUCCCUUUCCCUGUACGCAAUUCGCGCCCUUUUGCAUUCCUUUCCUCUUAGUGCUCUCUCUGUCUCUGUCUAUGCAGCCCUCUAAAGAUUGAGUCUUUCUGUGUUCAAUGAAAUGGAUUAUAUACCUAUAGCUAGAAGGACUCGGAGUAGAGAAGCCCUCAUGUAUAGGAAAUUACAUGAAGAGCUGAAGAGAAAGAACCAUGACAAGAAACUUAAUGCCUCUGAGUCCACGAGUUUUAGUGGGUUCAGUGAUGUUAAAGGGGAGAGCUUUAGUGGGUCGUGUCAAAAGGAUAAUGUGAGUGAAAGUUUGGAGCCUGAUGAUAAUUAUGGCGUACUUAAGAGGAAGAAGUCUAGUGGGUUGCGUCAUAAGGAUAAUGGGAGUGAGAAUUUAGGGCGUGGCGAUUAUGGUGUAUCGAAGGGGAGGAGCUCCAGUGGGUCAUGUCAGAAGGAUAAUGGGAGUGAAAAUUUAGGGCUUGGUGAUUAUGGUGUAGCUAAGGGGAAGAGUUCUAGUGGGUCAUGUCAAAGGGAUAAUGAAAGUGAUAAUUUGGGGCAUGGCGAUGAUGUCUUAGAGAAGAGUGAUUUGGGUCCAUAUGAUAGUGUAGAUAAGUUUGAUAUGGGCGCAUCUAAUUAUGAAAUUUUGGGUUUUGAGUGUGUGGAUAAUGAUGAUUCUGAGGAGAGAGAUUGGAGGGAAAGUGGGCGAGUGGAGGUGGAAGAAAGUUCUAGUAGGUCCAUAUCUAAUGGUGAGAAGGGUACAGAUGUAGUAACCAUUUCAGAUAGUGAUUCAACUUCUUCUAGUGGAGAGAGUGUAGAGGAUAGUGAUGAUGAGGUUGAAAUUGAGACUUCUUCAAGUGGAGAUGAUGAUGAUUGUGUAGAGGAAACGCCUGAUGAUUCUUCUGAUUUUGAGGUAGUUAGUAGUGAGAGCGAAGAGGAGGACCAAAGUCAUCAGGAGGAAGAACACCAGGUUUCAGCAAGAGAAACUGGUAGCAGGGGAAAAGGGGAUAAGGUUGAGCUUAGAUUGAAAAGGAAGAAGUGGUCUGAUAGUAGUAAUGGCAAGGAUGAUGCUGUUGAUGGUGGCCAAAAGCGUGAUUGUGUUUCAAAACGCAUAAGAUCACAAAAUAAUUUAGAAUCUAGCAAGAAGAGAAUUGGGCUUGGAACCAUUAACCAUCCUAUUUGUCUAGAUAAGGGGGAUCUUGAAGACUUUGAUCAUGGUGGUGAUUAUUGUAAUGGUGUUGUUGAUGGUGAAACUUUUGAGAUUGAGGAAAUAGAUGAUGAGGAGCAUGUGCAGGAUUUUUGUGGUGGGCAGCCCACUAGAAAAAGAAUCCGAGCCUAUGAAGAUCAUGAAGUUGUGAAGAUUCUUGCAAAUUCCAUAUUAGACAAGACAGAAAUGCCUUGUGAAGAAAUUGAUGAGCCUGUUAUUGAGCCAAGUCUUCCACUGAAAUUCACAUUUGGAACUGAAGAACAAGUUCUAGUGGAGAAAUCAGAAGAGGAGAAAGAAUUGGAGAAACUAUGGGCUGAAAUGAGCCUUGCUCUUUGUGCAGAUGAUGCUACGGAUGAUGCAGUGCAGGCUGAAAAUACGGCUGAUGUAACUCUUGAGGAUGAACUUGAUACAGAUGCCUUAUGCCAACAAGGGAAACAUCAAUAUAUUCUUGAUGAAGAGAUUGGAAUCAAAUGCAAAUUUUGCUCUUUUGUAAAUGUGGAGAUCAAAUAUUGUACAGCACCUUUUGGUAGGCAUACUUCAGGAUAUUCAGAAAGGAGAGACUACUAUGCAGUGCACCUUAAUGUCUUUGAUGAGCUUCAUGAUCAAGACUGUGGUCGUGACUCACAGCCUGGCUGUGAUCCCUUCCCUGCUCAUGCACGAGGCACAGUGUGGAACAUCAUUCCUGGUAUUGGAAAGGACCUGCACGAACAUCAACGUGAAGGUUUUGAAUUUCUGUGGAAAAACAUAGCUGGAGGGAUUUACCUUGACAAGUUGAAAGAGCCAACCAGUUUUGAUAGUGGGAGUGGUGGAUGUAUCAUAUCACAUGCUCCUGGGACAGGAAAAACUCGCCUGGCAAUAGUAUUUCUUCAGACACACAUGAAAUUGUACCCAACAUGUAGACCGGUGAUUAUUGCCCCUUCGAGCAUGCUGCUUUCCUGGGAAGCAGAAUUCAAGAAAUGGAAAGUUGAUAUUCCUUUUCACAAUCUGAACACACCAAAGGUCUCUGGCGAGGAAAAUGUGGCUGCUUUGAAGCUAUUUAAAUACAGACAGCAUAGUAUAAACUCUGUUCGGAUGUUGAAGUUAUAUUCCUGGAAAAAUGAUAGGAGUAUCCUUGGGAUAAGUUAUAAACUUUUUGAAGAGCUUGUUGGACAAGACAAGAAGAGGAGCACAAUGCAACAGACAAAUGUAGAUGGCAUGGUGCGGAAGAUUCUUCUUGAGCUUCCUGGUCUUUUGGUCCUUGAUGAAGGACACACACCUCGCAAUGACCAGAGUCUUAUAUGGAAGGCUCUGUCAAAAGUCCGAACAGAAAAGCGCAUUAUUCUCUCAGGAACCCCUUUUCAGAAUAAUUUUGAUGAGCUUUAUAAUACACUAUGCUUGGCGAGACCUAAAUUUGCAGACAGGAUGUCAAGCAAAUUCAAUGUUUUUUUUGAAAGAAAGCAUGGUCGCAAGGUAAAUGGGGCAAGAAGAAAUUGGACUUCUCUCACAAGUCCACUUGGCAGAGUUACCGAUGAUAGACUGAAAGCUGAAAGAUUGGAAGAGGUUAGAGCCAUGAUAAGGCCUUUUGUGCAUGUACACAAGGGUAAUAUUCUACAACAAAGACUUCCAGGCUUGAGAGAUGCUAUGAUCAUUUUGCAGCCACCUUAUUUGCAGAAGAGCCUACUUGAUAAAAUUGAACAAAAAGAGAACCUACGGACUAGUUUCGAUUUGGAAUAUUUGGUGUCUUUGGUUUCUGUGCAUCCUUCUCUUUUGCUGAAGCAUUCAUUCAAUUUGGAAGAGUUUGGUGGGCGGGGCAUGUUAGAAAAGCUUAGGUUGAAUCCAGAUGUAGGGGUCAAAACAAAAUUUCUUAUCGAACUUAUUCGGCUUAGUGGAGCCAUAAGUGAGAAAGUGUUGGUAUUUAGUCAGUAUCUUCACCCAUUGACAUUUAUAUGCAAGCUUCUUGAAUCUCGAUUCAACUGGAUUGAAGGGAAAGAGAUCUUACGCAUGACUGGAAAGGUUGAUACGGUUCAGCGCCAAUCUCUUAUUAUGGAUUUCAACAGCAGAAACAGUCAAGCAAAAGUGAUGCUUGCAUCAACAAAGGCUUGUUCUGAAGGGAUAAAUCUUGUUGGUGCUUCGAGAGUUGUGUUGCUUGAUGUGGUUUGGAAUCCUGCAGUAGAAAGGCAAGCAAUAAGCCGUGCAUAUAGGCUUGGGCAGGAGAAAGUUGUGCACAUUUAUCGUCUCGUUAUUUCAGGAACAAUGGAAGAAGAGAAAUACUGUCGGCAAGCUGAGAAGGAGCGGUUAUCAGAAUUGGUGUUUUAUUCUUCAGAAAGAGCUCAUAAUCGAGAGAAAAUUUCAUACGAUGUGUCAGAAGAUGCAAAGGAUGCAAUUUUGGAAGAGAUGAUUAACAGAAACAAACUCAAAGACAUGUUUAAGAGGAUAAUAUACCAACCUAAAGAUUCUAAUUUGGUUGAUUCUUUUGGCUUGGUCAAUCUGUAGCAAACAUUCUGGUGAAAAUUUUGCCACAAUAUUUUGAUCUCUUAGAAGCUGAAACUGUUUUCCUUUCUGGUUAAAAAAAAAAAAAUGUAUAGUGGCUUCUGAAGUUUUGGCCAAUAUUCAUGUAUAUGCAGAUUAGAAAAGUAUGAAUAUACUGCAACAUGGUAAGUUCCCUUAUUCUGAUUUUAGUGAAUUGUUGAGUUCUUGGCCUGGGCAACGGUGAACUUGUCAAAUAACUUAAAUGUUGAUAUCUGUUUACUGAAUAUUGUUGCUUUUGUGCUCUAAUGUCUAUUUGACUGUGUAAAACAUAGUUUAAGCC